AGGCGUUAAAUAAUGAUCGGCCCCUUAUCUAUCUAUCGGUCUAGUUUAAAUUGCUCUUAAUUAAAAUGCCCUUGAUGAGUUUCUUUUUGAUCGGCUUUAAAUUUAACACAAAUUAAAUCUUAAACAGUGAGAAAGUACAGCGUGGUUUGCCAUUGCGGGAGAUGAAUAAGUUUUUGAACGAAGCCAGUCCUUACAAUUGUUUCGGGAGAGAAAAUGAUAAAUGUGUUUAGUCAAACGUAGUUUGAUAUUCUGCUCAAGUAAGGCUCCUUUAGUUUAGUGCAUUAUCUUUGACUUGGCGAAUGAAUCACUUUCUCGAUAAUCAAUUACACAAUUUCUUAGUGGUUGAACAUAAUUUAUAUGAUCUGGAAAUCUGACAACACUCAAGUCUUCAUUUGAAUUAACUUUGUACGUAGGUAUUGACAAUAAAGGAGAAAAUAUAUUGUACGGUAAGUGGUAACUAAGGAUAGUUUCAGCAUUGACACGCACUCGAUAAUUAUGUACUAUUGUAAGUUAUUGUGACAAAGAUUACGCGUUUUUCUAUAUCUGCCAAAUACGUUAAAUACCUAUUUUGUAAUUAAAAUUAUAUGUAUAUUAAAGUAAAUAACGGUCACAAAAAUGUCUCAGUGUCUGUGGAUGUAACAUCAAAAGACAUAAACCAAUUGAGCCUUGGUAAAUCGUAUUCUGGAGAUGUUCCUGUUGCAUUCCCUGAAACACUCAUCCUCCCAGUACGAGGCUCCGGGAAAUAACAACAGAGUUUGUGGGGUUUAUUCCCCAGAGCCUCGUGCUGAUGUCCAUUGUUUUAGGCUGAAUUUUAAUAUAUCGAAAUUGGUCUAUUGUCUUACAGUUAAAAUGCAUACGAUCGCGGCAAUAUCGGAGUGAUCAAAUAUAAAAUCAGCCAGUUUAUGCCCACGAACCAACUGGAGAAUGGAAGAAGUCGAGCCAGGAAAAGAGACCUUGACCAAAGUAAUCCGCUCCAUCUUUGAGAAAGAAACUGAUAACAGGGCGAUUCGUCUUUGUUGUGCACUGUUUCUUGACAUCCCUUGCAAUCUUUGGAAGCAGGCCAUAUUGAGAUAAGCUGGCUUAGCCUUUUUUUUCUCUUCUCCUCUUCAAGAGGACGCGCUUUAGGCCUGGCCACAAAUCAACGCACACUCAGGUGCAUUAGAGGUCUACGGUACGGAGAGACGCCAUCUUAGUUAAAAUCUAACCGGAGGGGCAUGGGACUGAUAGUUUAGCUUUCCCGUUUCACACUGCUUAAGAAACAAGCGCAGCAAUUACAAGUAUUAGUUUAACUCAAGCAUAAAAGAUCCAGUGCAAGUGCUAACCUAUGCAAAUUGCUUCUUGGUUUGCUUUUGUGUUCGCACGGCCUUAGAGGUGAUUCACGCUUGCGUGCGUUGACGUCACACAGUCGGGGCUCUUGACAAUAUAGGCAGACAGAUUUCUAUUCCUGCGUUUCAGCAUGGGCGUUCGCAUUGCCACGUUUCUGUUCACUGCCUUGCUUGUGAUAGCAUGGCCAUUUGCAGUUCAAGCCAAAAUGUUUGCAGACUGCACCUUUGGAAAGAUAAAUACAACAGAAGGCCAGAAAAUGACCGCGAAAUUCACUGCCAAGCUUGCAGCGUUCAAGCAUAUCAGCCAUUCCUGCUUUGUGGAGACAGACGGGCAAAAUCAUCAAAAUCAUUUCUUACAAGUGAGAGCUAAAAGAAACAAAGAAUCAAAAGGAUUCCUGCACGUGUCAGUAUAUGGAACAGACGAGUCGCGGAUAUUGGGACAUUUGGACGUAUCCACGUCUGAAGCUGAUUGGAGUUCUCUUAUCGUUUGCCCGUCUCGUUACAGCAAUGAAGUCCAAGAUAAACAUUUAAUAUUUUCAGGGUCUCCAAACCUCUCUUUUACAGUACAAAUAGAUAGUUCACCACGGAGGAUAAAACUAAAUGAGCCACAAACGGUGCGAGUCACCCCGGAGAAUGUUCAAGUCUUCCAGUUCUUGCCACCAGAAGACAUCGCAAAGACACAGCUUGAUGUUACUGUUACUUCUGAGUCAGGUGACGUGCCAGCUUAUUUGAAAGUGUCACGUGUUUGUAAGGAUGUCGAAAAGGACAAUAUUGACGAAGUGGACUACAAGGGUGAGUCAAUUCGUCUUUCGUUUGCAAAGAAAGGACGGAUUACUUUGUCCAAGGUCUCUGUUCCUCCUUUGACUGAUUCCACAUCCAGCUGGUUUAUUGGAAUUGCAAUUAAGAAUGCGACAGGAGAAACACCGUUUAAUGCAAAAAAGUCUGUCACUUUAGAACUGAACAAAUCAUUUGAUUACUCCUAUGGUGGAACAAUAUCUCUCUUCGUGUUGUUGUCAAUAGUUGCUGGUCUUUUGAUAUCAUUAGCAUGGGCAUUCUGCAUUCAGCGUUUACACCAGAACACGGAUAAAUCUCAAGGCACUGAAACUGAACUCUCACGUCAGGGAAAUCAGCCUCAACAAUCUUCAUCCAGAAGGAAGCCACGUGCAAGCAGUCCUCUCGUCAAUAAAAUCAAGACUAUUAAGCCGACGCAUUCGUACACCGCUGCCAUUGUGGGUUUUAUGUUGAUGAUCGGUGCUGGUCAGUUUGUCUUUGCCAACUGGCAUCUAAUGAAAGACGAAGGUGAUAGAGACAUCUGUUAUUACAAUGACUUUUGCUACAGAGUAAGUCAGUGGCAUGAUAUACCAUUUAACUUAAUGAUAAGUAACUUAGUGUACAUUAUUCAUGGCCUGAUUUUAGCUACAUUUGUUUACUAUUGGGAACGGAAAGAAAGGCUUACUAAAAAAAAUCUUUCCAAGCCAGAGGAACAUGUAUUUUCCAUUGGAUACGCUUUUGCCUGGGCAAUGAUUUUUGAAGGUCUUUUUUCCCUAGUUUACCAUCUUUGCCCAAGUAAGUUGACAUUUCAGUUCGAUACUGCUUUUAUGUUUGUUAUAGCUGGACUGAUUGUCAUUUCGUUGUACAAUGGUACCGCUAAAGAUCCUGUUGGGGCAGCAAAUUUUUUCCUUUAUUUUUUAGUUCCACUUUUAAUUUUCAAUUACCUUGGGGCAGUCCGUCAUUCCGAAACAGGAUUACCUACUCUAAUAGAAAUAUUUAUUUUCGUCGCUUUGGGAUUCUGGUUGGUAGGUGUUUUUAUUUGGGCCGGAUUAAAACUGUUUAAAGCUGACCGAGAUAAUGGGAACAAUGCCGUUAUUAUGUCAAUUGGCUUUGCCGUUGGUUUCAUUGUCCCAAUUGUUUUUCUCAUUUGUUUUAAUAGUAAUCUUUCUCAAGCAUUUUUGAUUUCUUGCAUUGCAGAAAGCGUUAUUGCCAUUCUUACGAAGUUUGUAGCUCAAUGCAGACGCAAACGCCUGGAAUGCGAACGUUAUUUAGUUUGCGGAAUUAUUUAUGUCUUGCUAAUGUUAAGUUUGUGGAGUUAUGCUUUUUAUUUGUUUUUUGAGAAAGGAACAACUGAUAAGGCGGAAACUCCUGAAAAAUCCCGAAAUCUAAACCAAGACUGUAUCACGAGGGGUUUUUUUGAUGACCAUGACUUGUGGCAUAUCUUGUCAUCUCACGCUUUACUUAUGACGGUGUAUUUGGUCAUGUCUAUGAGCCGCGAGUGAAGGAAAAAACGCGCGUAAUAUAUUUGUCUGAAAACCCACAUCAAAGAUUGUUGAUGGGAUUUGUAAUAAGUAAUUUUGGCUUCUUCGAAAACGUUUAUGACGCAGCAAGGUGUUCAUGGACGUGCUCGCAAAACGUACGUUUCUUAUCAUCCAAUCAGAAACAGCACGAACAUCACUCUGAAAAUGACUUGGCAGUUUGUCUUCAUAUCGCACAAACGAAGUAUUACGGAUAGUGAAAAUACUUUACAGAACAUCUUUGACCAAAAAGGGUUAAAUAAAAGCUACACAGGAAGUACACAGUCAAACCUCCGGCUGUGACCACCUGUCGUGAGCGAACAUCUCGCUCUCAUCAGCGACCGGUUUUCCAAAAUACCACAAGCUUCCAAAUCAAAUCAUUACAUUUGAAACCUCUGGUAAGCGACCAACUCUCGUAAGCGACCGCGACCACUUUUAGAACUAAAAGUUUGAAAUUUUCUUUUGUCUUUUGU